CACGUUGUUUUACUGACAGAGAGCGAGCGAGCGCGUCCGUAGAAUAUUCUGGCUAUCCAUCGUCGGUGCACAGACCGGAUAGCAUGUAAUUUGAGUACUUCAUUCAUUCUCGUCUCCAGCUGUUUUUGUUUUUGUUUGUUUGUUUGUUCCUGUUAUAAAUAAAGCUGCGCAAAACGAAACAAUGACACUUACGCCGCUCGUGUACUGGGCACAGCGCCAUGAAGAAAUCUACUUGCGAGUGGAGCUGAUAGACGCACAGAAUAUUCAGGUCCAUGUGCAUGAAAAUGUCCUUCACUUUAGAGCCCAGGGUCAUGGGGCAAAAGGAGAAAAUGAAUACGAGUUCAGUCUGGAGUUCCUUUUGCCUGUGAAGCCACAGGUGAGCCACAAAUCCACGCAGCGCCAGGUGAAUGUUACAGUGAGAAAACAGCAGCGUGGAUGGUGGGAAAGACUGACCACAAAGGAGCGCAAGCCGAUCUUCCUGGCACCUGACUUUGACCGCUGGCUGGAAGAGUCAGAUGCUGAGAUGGAGAUCCGUGAAAAGGAGGAGAGAAAGAACAGGCUGAAGGCUUCAAGGAAUCAAGAGAAUCAGUUUGUCAGUCUGAAGACAGGAUUUUUAUUCAUAUAUAACCUGGUACAGUUCCUCGGCUUCUCCUGGAUCUUUGUCAACAUGACUGUGCGGCUCUUCAUCUUUGGCAAAGAUUCUCUGUAUGACACAUUUUACACCAUCUCGGACGUAAUGUUCUUCUGCCAGAUCUUGGCAGCAGUAGAGGUCCUCAACGCUGCUUUUGGUGUCGUCAGGACGGGUGUCAUUCCAACUCUUAUUCAGGUGGUUGGAAGGAAUUUUAUCCUCUUCAUCAUUUUUGGUAGCUUGGAGGAAAUGCAUAACAAGCCAGUCGUGUUCUUCGUAUUCUAUCUAUGGAGUGCCAUUGAGAUUUUUAGGUAUCCAUUUUACAUGCUGGGCUGUUUUGAUACAGAGUGGAAGAUCCUCACUUGGCUAAGGUACACAAUCUGGAUACCGCUGUACCCAUUAGGUGUUUUAGCUGAAGCUGUUGCUGUGAUACAGUCCAUUCCUAUCUUUGAUGAGACUAAACUCUUCAGCAUUCCUCUGCCUAAAGCCAUAGGCACAUCGAUCAGCUUCUCUCACGUGCUGCACAUCUAUCUUGUCCUCAUGUUUCUGGGACUAUUUAUCAACUUCCGCCAUCUCUACAAGCAAAGGAAGAGGCGUUUCCGCACCAAGAAGAGGAAAGCAAACUGAAGCUCAGCAUCAACAAAACUGCUCUAACACCUCUGCUGCCUGCACAGUGCCGGGACUCAGAUUAAAAUAAAGCCGUCAUCAUCUACGUGCUCCACUCUGAGUCCUACGUCUCCUUAUGAUGAAGUCGUCUUUUUCUGUCUUUCUGUUCUCACUGAAACUUCAUUCAUGAUUGUAAACAUCCUACAUUAACACGACUUUUAUAUACAUUUCAUUAUACUGUUUGCAUCUCAAUCAUUGGUGAUCUUUUAAUUUGAAAUUAGUUGUAAGCCAUAGAAUUUGAUUACCCAUGUUUUUCUUUUUAUACUGUAGCAUUAUUUGCUGAAUGGAUCACAACAAGCAUCAAGAAGGAAACUUGUUGGUGUGACUUGAAGUAACUGGUGCGAAAUGAAGUAAGAGAGAAAUAAAUUGAAAAAUGUCCAUAACCCUUAUAUAUGAAACAUCCCCCCAAAUCUCAGGGAAAAGAUACAGGUGACUGCUGGAAUCAAGGAUACUGCAGCAAAUAUUGUCUUAGGUGACACUCCAGAGGUUGCUGUAAACUGGCAUGACACAUCUUACACAUUAGGUUUGUGUUUAUUAAAGAUACACUAUCUGCAGUUGUGUUGAAAUAGGGACUUUGAGACUCAACCAACAAAAGUAAGCAUAGAAUUUGAGAUUUGUUUUCAUCAGCUUGAUUCACUGACAAAUUCCAUGCCUAUUCCAUAUUUGUCGGUGAAUCUAAAUGCUCCUUAGUUGAAUCAACCUUAGAUUUUGCAUAGUGCACCUCUAAACCAUUAAGUAACCACUACUGCUUUGUGAAUUGGGACUGUCAUCCUAUAUGAUCCUGUACCAAUGCAGUCAGCGUAGAAAGGCCCGCACCAUAGCAUGUCAGACCAGCUUUGUUAUGUUUAGCUCCACCUGUAAUCCAGUAUCAUUGACUCCACCUGCUUUGAAUAUAAUUUGUGUCCCUCCUUUGCUCAGGUGUUCCCUUAUUUUGACAGUUAACUUGUAUUUUGAAUACCAACAGUAUUGUCAAAUCUCCAACCUUUCCUGUUAUGUGACAGUGGUUUGACACUGAAUAAAAAAUGUUCAAAAAGUUUAAA